AUGACCGACACGUCGGAGGAGUGGAACGACCAUACGAGUCAGAACAGGCAAAGCUUGAUUUCGAAUAGCACGAUACCGCAAGGGUCCAUUCCUCCGACAGAGCAAGAAGCUCCUCCUUCGAGAGGCACAGAGUUCACGGACCCUAUCAUCCCUGACCGCAACACCUCGAAUGCUAGUCCUAUCGGUAACACCACGGGAAGGAGUCAGGGCGAGAGCGCCAAACUUCUCUACGACAGGGAGAGGGCUUAUAAGAUCCAACAACCUCACCUCAACCUUGGGGGAAAUUAUCAUGGCUCAAAUGAGCCUGUCAGCCCCCACCGGUCGACGCUUUCUUUCCUCUCUCUGCAGAACAGGAAUCAGGGACAUGAUAGUAGCCGUGACGUACGGGCACAUGAGAGGCUUUCGUCGGCCGGCUCUACCCCUGGAUCUAUCGAAAAGACCCCUCAGGCCGGUACAAGCAAAGGUCGUCUGGGCAAAAACUUCGAAUAUUUCGUCGGCAACACCAUUUUCUUCGGCGGAGGAAGGCUCCAGAACGCCAGGGAUAAGCCCGUCAAUAUCGCUACAGCAAUCUUCGUGCUUGUACCUACGGCUCUGUUCUUCGCUUAUUCAGGUCCUUGGCUCUGGCACAAUAUCUCGCCCGCCCUUCCGAUAUUGUUUGCUUAUCUCUUCUACUUAUGCUUCUCAUCUUUUAUACACGCUUCAGUCGUUGAUCCUGGGGUAAGACAUAGAUUUGUGCGAGACAAUGCAGCGUCAUUGCUAACAAUCCCGCUCCAGAUUAUUCCUCGCAAUCUUCAUCAGCUGCCACCUCCGGAUCCCGCAGACGAUCCGUUGGCGAUUGGCCCACCAACCAACGACUGGGUGAUGGUGAAGCUGGCGACAUCUGACGUUGCAGCCAUGGAUGUGCCUGUGAAGUACUGCAAGACCUGCUGUAUCUGGCGUCCUCCCCGCUGCUACCAUUGCCGUGUAUGCGACAACUGUGUUGAGACGCUUGACCAUCACUGCGUGUGGCUCAACAACUGCGUUGGCCGCCGUAAUUACCGGUACUUCUUCACCUUUGUGGCGUCCUCCACCCUCCUUGCUCUGUUCUUGCUUGGUGCCAGUCUCGCGCAUAUCUUGGUGUAUAAAUCACGAGAGCAUGUCAGCUUUGGCACAGCCAUUGAUAAAUGGAGAGUUCCCUGGGCUAUGGUGAUCUACGGUGCGGUUGCCGCACCAUACCCGGCCUCUUUAUGGGCUUACCAUCUCUUCCUGGUCGGUCGGGGCGAGACCACCCGAGAAUAUCUGAACUCGCACAAGUUUGCGAAAGCUGACCGCCAUCGGCCCUUCACUCAGGGCAGUGUCUUCCGGAACUGGUUGUCCGUUUUCCUGCGGCCGCGGCCCCCAACGUAUAUGCAGUUCAAGCAGCCUUAUCAGGAAGGGGACCAGCGCCUGAGCACGAUGAAGCGCAAGUAUCUCCCUCGCAAUGUCGAGCCCCAGAACGACAUUGAGAUGCAACAAGUGCCUCCCCCUUCUCAACCCCAAUAG